AUGCUUGGAUUCAUGAUGGAAUUGCUUCGUCAGCAGAGAGAGAUGAUGGCAAUGAACCAGCAGCUCGUUGCGAUGCUCCGGAGAAUGGAUCUGGAGGAAGAGAGAAGGAACAAAGCGGAAGAGAAAGUUCUUGAGGCAGCUGAAGCGGCCAAGCAGGCAGCAGAGGCAGCUAAGACUCGGGACCCCUUCCAGCCGAGCACUGCUCCCGCGAGCAGUUCUGCCGCUAGUUCGGCAGCUCCGGCAGUUCCGUCUCCCUCCGGGUACUCUGGUGCUGGAGGCCGUGCAGAGAAGUAUCUGCCGAACCUUCCGGUGAUAGACCAUCAAGGCAUGGGGAAAGGGCGCAUGAAGGAGGUAGAGACUUGGCACUCCUUUAUGGAGACGCUGAGUUCCUGGCUUGCCCUGCAGGAAGAAGCGUUUGUUCGGGAACUGCAGCUUUGUAUCCCUGUGAAGAAGGAGAUUGUGCAAGCUGACUUGAAUCCCGAGACUGCCGCACGUAGCUCCAAGCUGUUCUACUACCUGACGCAGUCCCUCGCCAAGUGGGAGCGGGGAAGCGAGCUCUUGAGGUCCUGCUCGAAGAGGCAGGGGCAGAGCGCCUGCGGCUACGAGGUGAUUAGAACGAUUACCUCUCAGUACCGUGUCGCGGAUUCGUUUUCGAAGUCUGAAGCGAAGCUGAGCAACUUUCCGGAGCUUCUGCUGUCUGAGGCUGAUCGCUGCUCUGUCCUGUUACAGAGCUUGGGUGCAGAAGUACGUCAGUACGUGGUACUGCACGGGUCCAGCUCGAACUGGGAAGCUCUUCGAAGGACGCUGACUUACUACGAGGAGCAGCUGCGACUGUGUGAGGCUCCUGGGUCUUCGGGCCGAGCCUUGCAGGAGAAGCUUUGCGACUACUGCGGGAAGAAGGGACACACAGCCGACAAGUGUUGGCAGCGCCAAAAGGAAGAACGUGAACGCGGUGGUGCUCCGAAGGGCAAAGGGAAAGGAGGCAAGGGCGACAAAGGAAAAGGAAAGCCGAAAGGCAAAGGCGACCAGACUCCCAAGGGAUCUGGUACGCCCCGUGGUUCCGAGAAGGGCAAGGGCGACAGAGGAAAAGAAGAGCAUCAAGCUGAUGGGCGCUUCGCGCGCCUGGUGGGCUCUGAGCGGGAGGUCCAAGGGCCGGGGGAAAGAGAAUUCUUCCAGACGCCCCCCGAAAGGGAUCGAGGAUAUGGAGAUAGAUGCCUUGAAGGACCGCGACCUGCUAGGAUCGAGCAAGGAGUCCACCGCAGGACCCCAGAAGCCUGGAGAAGGAAUCCUGAAGAAAGGAAGAAAGACUUCGGAAGAAGACGAGUCUGGCCGCCACGCUUUGGCUGCCACUCCUUUUGGGUUUCUGCUUCGGGGUCUUAG